UACUUGCAGUUGGACAAGGUAUUAAUAAGCUGUCAUGUAUAGAAAUGUAGUUACACCAGUUUAUAUAUAAAUAUUUGUUUAAAUGGCCAAAAUGUAAUCUGGGUCCCAGCGCUCAUCUCCCCAAGACGAGUUGUGAUGUUCCAGAGUAUUGUCUGAAAUUCACAUGUGUGUGUGUGUGUGUGUAUAUAUACAUAUACAUAUAUAUGGAGUGUUAACCAGAGACAGAGGGCUGUAAGUAUUUCUUUUUUGUUAACUUCUCUACUCUGGUCAUCACAAUUCACAAAUAAGUGAAUGAUUUAGGUGUAUCUGUUUUAUUGUAUUGAAAUAUAAUGGAAAACUUAAGUCUUGAGAUUGGCUUGCAUUUGAUUUAAUGAUAGUUUUUCAUGUAUCAUUGAUCAUUCUACACAAUGUCACAUUACACUUUAUAUCAAUAAUAGUAUGGGAUAUUAUGUACAACGACGUCAUUUUCACUCGUAGGUUUAACAGCGGUUGUAUUCGAUGGUCAGUAUAAGGACAUGCGAGCAUUUGCAUCAGAUUUUUUAACCAGUCCUGUUCUGAGUAGGCUGGAGAUCAUUGGGAAUAUUUUCUCGCCUUACGAUUUGCCGUAGAUAUGGGGCGUUCACUUAGGUUUACGGAAGUUAUGCAGUCCGAGAUUUGUCUGCCAGCCGGGAUGCUGCGAAAGUUUAGGUUUUGAACCCCAACAAUCAAACUACUAAUGUUCAAUCAUGGAUCUAUCUUCGGAACCAGUGAAAAAAGUACUCGCUAAGUACAAAUUUCGCGAUGUUGCUAUCGAGGAGAUUCAGAAAGUAAACCGCAUUCACCCUGACGUGCAGAUCCGUGUAGGCUCUUUCACAUCCACUGACAGCAUGCAAAAAGACCUGCUGAAACUGGUCGGCAACAUCCCGGUUAAAUAUCAAGGCCGUACAUAUAACCUACCCAUCCUGAUGUGGCUGCUGGAGUCCUUCCCUUUCACUCCUCCGGUGUGCUUGCUGAGACCCACUACCAACAUGGUGAUUCAAAAGGGGCGGCACGUGGACGCACAGGGCCGAAUGUACCUACCUGGGCUGCAUAACUGGGACCAUCCCAAGUCAACUGUGAACGGGUUGAUGGCAGAGAUGAUUGCCAAGUUUGAGGAGGAACCACCCCUGAGUACCAAGCCCUCUGGAGAGGCAGAAGACCCCAAUAACCUGCUGGCUUUUGUCUCCGCGCUCAAAAUGAAUAAAGGUGGAAACAGAAGUGGCUCUGUUAAUAAAGUCACUGUAAUUGGAAGCGGAGACUUGGGAGUGGCUACAGUGUUGAGUAUUAUGGCUAAGGGAGGUGUGGACAAACUGGUUUUGAUUGACAUUCCAGAAAGUUCUACAAAGAGUGGGACAAUGGAUUUAGAGAUCUUCAGUUUACCUAAAGUUGAAAUUUCCAAAGACCUUUCAGCCUCUGCUGGCUCCAAGGUGGUGGUAGUGACCGCAAACGCCUGGAGCAACGAGCAGUCUUACGCCAGCGUGGUCCAGACUAACGUAGACUUGUACAGAGGCAUCAUUCCAGGCCUGGCUCGCCACAGCCCCAACGCAGUGCUCCUCAUCGCCUCCCAGCCAGUGGACAUCAUGACUCAUGUGGCGUGGAGGCAGAGCGGACUUCCUCCAACCCAUGUGAUUGGAGCCGGCUGCAACCUGGAGUCCGAGCGCCUCGCACACAUCUUUAACAUCACCCUCGUGGCCAACAACACCGGCAAACAGCCCUGGGUGAUCGGAGAGAUGUCUGACAACAAGGUGGCCGUGUGGAGUAACGCAACUCCUGGGAUUGGCAAGCACCCUGAACUCAGUCCUGUGUCCAACUCGACCAAGCCACUGAUUGACAGAGGAUUUGAGUUGCUGAAGGGGAGAGGACAUAGGUCUUGGUCGGUGGCGCUAUCAGUUGCUGACAUCACCCACAGCAUCAUCACUGACCAGAAGAAGACCCACUCCGUCACCACACUGGCUCAGGGCUGGGGUGGCAUCAGUGCAGCCGUGUUCCUCAGCCUGCCCUGUGUACUGGGCACCUCCGGUUCCACUCGGCUGGCAGGAGUCACUCUGAGUCAGGAGGACGACGGCAAGCUGAAGGAGAGCGUCUCGUCCCUCAACAACCUGAUGACCCAACUCAAGCUCUAGGCACCCCCCCUC